AUGAAUAAAUCAGAAAUUCGAAUCGGUGAGCCUGGAGAAUCCACCUCUUCGGGAAAUGAUCGUCUCGGAAUUUUACAUUUGGACGGUAAUGAUUCGACGAAGUUCAAACGAAAACUCGGAAAAACGGAAAAGACGAAUUUGAUACGCGGCAGACUGACGACAGAGGAUAAGAAGGCGUUCAAAUUCGCUGACAUCGUUCCUAUGAAUACAGACUGGCAAAAGUACUUCCGUGAACGGCUUCACAAUCAUUUCGCCAGUUCAAAAAUUGACAAGACUAUUCAAAAAACCGAUUAUCACGGAGCGCUUCUGACCAUUUGGUUGGCGGAAAACCCGACACAGAUCGGAGUCAGCGGAAUCGUAGUCUUGGAGACACGACACACAUUUCAAAUGGUCACUCAAGAUGAUCGGUUUGUUGUGAUUCCCAAAAAGGGAAGCGUGUUUCGUUUCAUCAUUGGUGAUCGUCUCUUCUCUUUAUUCGGAGAUGGAAUGCGUACUCGUCCGGCAUGGCGAGGAAAGAAGCCACGUAUCAAACGAGUUCUGCCCACAUUCAUUCGAGGAACACUUCAAACCGUCCCAACUGCCGCGGAGUAA